CAAGAUUUUAUGGUUGAGAAAAUCAUGCAAAAGGUAGGCAAACAGAUUUAAAUUUUUAUAUAUUUUUUUCAAAUUUGAUCUAUUAUGAUCUGUACAUGACUGACUGUUUUUGAUAGUUUAAAAAAUGUAUAAAGUAUAUGAAGUACAUGAUCUCAAUUAUGCAACACAGUUCUAUGUCCCUGCAAUGGCUAUAAUUUGCUUUGAUGACAAGAAGUAUAUUUUGAUGAAACAGUUGCAAUGAGAAACAAUUCAUCGUUCAUUUUUUAUUUUUUAAAUAAUUUUUAAAUAUUGCAGUCAGAAAUCAGCAGCCAUACUGAUGUGGCAUCUUGAACAUUUUCAUUUAAUUCAUGACUGUUAUCAUAAUCUAUGUAACACUGAGACACUGUGAUGACGUUUUUGUGUCCCUCAGUUUAAAAUGAGAAAUUUGUUCAUGAAUUGUUUCUACCAUAUUUGCAGACUUCCUUGAAGAGACAUUGAAGGCAUAAGCAGAACAGGGGUCUGUCCAUGUCCUUUCAUUGCAGUUCCCUUUCUUGCUCCCACCCUCCCAACCACACACACACACCUAGUACAAACAGAUUAAAACAGAUUAAUAUGGAUUACAUGUAAAGAUAGAUUUAAAUCAGGAGAUUAACCAAUCAUGUCAUCAAAAAAAAUAAUCCUUUGAUUUCCCCCCCCCCUCUUCUCUCAUCUUUAUUUUAAUUCCAUCAGAAUCUUAAGUGGGGGACAGGAAUCGUUUCUGAGUCAUUAAGGUGGAUAGACUCAUGAUUUACACAUCUCUGUAUGACACAGAUAAACAAAUAAACAAACAGGGCCUUUGGAAAUAGCCUGACAGAUUGACCUCGCCUGACAGUGGCUCCAAUACUGUAAUACCUUCUAAUCAAGGAAAUGAAGGAAUGUCUUAUGCGUGGCAGAAGUUGAAGAUGGGGCAUUAUAUCCUCAGGCACCAUAUGACAGAGAAUAAUCCACUAACCAACCACAAUCACAUUCAAUCACACUGAAAUCUGAUCAUUGAAAGCAGCAAUAUGCAUUAGCACUGUACGGUGUAAAUGGUUACACUGGUAGCUCAGUCUGCUUUGUUUUAUUGACUUUUGAGGGCAGACAUACAUGGCAGGACACGGGCUCAUGGCUCAGAUGAACUGUCUGUCACAGAGAUAUAUGUAAUAGGAUAACAUAGACAGAAGUCCCAUGAGGCAUAUGUCCUGUGGUUGCAAAGUCCUCCCUUGGCCUGACCCUCUUCAGAGAUAAAUCCCCCUUGUUCAUUUGUGCUUCCCAUCUGCCGAUUUUCCUUCAGUCACUGGAGACUGGAUUGUUGUGCACGAAUUCCCCCUUCUCCCAACCUUUCUUCCUAGAACUGUACCACGUAUUCAUCACGUCCAUUUCCUAAUCCAUCUACACUUUACACCCUCCUACCUUUUUUAAACUUUCCUCUCAUUCUUGUGAUUUUUGUGAUUUACCCCAAUGUUCUGACUUUCUCCAUUCCUUCACUGUGUUGUGUAUCUGCUCUCUGUUCUCUGCCUUGGCCACUUCCUGGUUCCUCCUUGUGUCCCUCACUGCUACCAUGUUAGAGCACAUGUCUCGCCGCUCUAGGUCCCUUCUCUCCCUGACACUGACCUCCCUGGCGCUGGCUCUGUCUGUGCUGGCCUUCUGCACAUCCUACUGGUGUGAGGGAACACACAAGGUGGUCAAGCCCCUCUGCCUGUCGCCUGUCAAGAUGAAGAACUGUGGGCAAAACAACAGUGAGCCCUACACUACGGAGUCUCCAACUCCUGACCCUCGAGGCCCAUCUAAUCGGACAUUGUCACCAAAGAGGAGGGAGGAACUGGCCAAAAUACGCCAGAGGCAACUAGCCAACGCUGUUCAGUAUAUCUGGGAGACUGGGGAGGACAAGUACAUGUUCCGCUACUUCCACACGGGAUUCUGGCAGUCUUGUGAAAAACAUAUUGAAGGUGAAAGGUGCCGCAGCUUCUUCGGGCUAACACCAGGAGAAACCCAUGGAGUGCUGUGGUUGUCAAUGAUAUCUGAGUUUAUGUACAUCACUCUAUUGGGCAUGGGCUUCCUUCUGAUGUGGUUGGAAGUGCUGUGUUCCCAUAAAGAGAUGCAUGCACUCAAAAUCAAUGCCUUUGCUGCUGUCUGCACUGUGCUGUCUGGUUUGAUGGGGAUGAUAGCUCACAUGAUGUACACAACCGUGUUCCAGCUGACUGUGAUUGUGGGGCCCAAAGACUGGAGACCUCAGACAUGGGACUACGGCUGGUCAUUUGCCCUUGCUUGGGUGUCCUUCAGCUGUUGCAUGGGAGCGGCUGUUUUCACACUCAACUCCUACACCAAAACCAUCAUCGAGCUGAAGCACAGACAGAGGUUGCGGCUGGAGGAGGCCCGUGCCGCCAGCCACGCACCCUCCUACGAUGAAGUGGUACCAGGGGGCGCCCUCUACUCCGUGAGCAGUUUGCUGCAGUGUCCCGAUGGGAUGAUGGACAUGAUGUGGUCCACGGACGGAACCAUGGGAGUGGUGGGAGAAGAGGACGGGGAUGUGCCGACAAUGGUCCUGGUGGGCGGGUGUGGCCCGGAUGGAUGUGAAGAUUGCGAGAGAGAAAUGGAUGAAAUGGAGGAGGCCAUGGAGAGAGAGAGAACAGACUCACCUUGUUAGAAAAGCAGGGCAAAGAGGUAUUUGGAUAUUUUCAGGCCCGGAUGAUUUAGCCAUGUGCUUGGAGCUUAUGUUACAAAAAACUAACUUGGAACCGAUGCUAAUACGUAAUAACAGCUGAGUUGGUGGCUGAAGGAUUCUAAAUUCCGUGGAUUGUUACAUACAUACAUGAGACAGUUUUGUUACCGAUGGCUGCAAAUGACAUGUGUAAGAAAUGUAAUAGAGUUCUUUACUAUGAAAAAAGAUAAUUGAUUUAUCACUUGCGCACAAUAAAUCACAGCAAAGGUUGAAAUAAAAUGCUAUGCAGUUA